ACAAUUACACUUCUUCUCAUAUGGUUUAACUUAUUUAAAACGCUUAAUUUUUGCCAUGUGGGAAAAGUUGCUCUCUUAGUUUCACGCCACUUUCCACAUUUCACACUUCCUAGACUGAAAACAUUUCCACGAGCACCUGCCUCCUCUCCAACAAAGCGUUGGCUAGCUAGAGAAUAAAACUGUCACGUCCUAAACAUGAAAACUAAAAUUAAUUGCGGGCAGGAAGGCCAAAUUAAUUAAAAGGGGCUCGAUGAUGUUCAAGUCUCUCGUGGGAAGGCAGUCAUUUGGCCAGCAUUUCUGGUUAUGCGCUGUUGUGUAUGUUUAUUCCAGCAAAGCCUGCAGUGUUCACCAUCCAAGAUGGCUGCGGGUGAAAGCAACAGCCGAUCCUCAUGCCUAAACUUGUCUAAUUCGGGGCCACUCGGCAAUGCACCGCCGAGCAACAGCGCCCAUUCCUCACCCGCCAGCAACGGGGGAGCCGUGGCUGCAGCCGGGGGGAUGAACCGGAGCGCGGGGAACGCGAACCCCCGGUCGGGCCCGGAGAACGGCGGAGGCGCCGAGUCUGCGGUGAGAAGCACGCCGAGCGCGCACAACCCUCCGCGGCAGUCGGUCGGUCCGAGCGGAGCGACUUCAGGCGCUGCGUCAAACAUGACGGCGACACCAUCAUCUUCAUCAUCCUCAUCCUCAUCCGCGUCUACCGCAUCCUCCUCCGCCGACGCGUCCGCCGCCGUCGCCUCGCUUCCCAGCAGCCCGGCUUCGGUUUUGGUUUAUCGAGAGCCGGUCUACAACUGGCAAGCGACAAAAAGUACAGUGAAAGAAAGGUUUGCAUUUUUGUUUAACAACGAAGUGCUAAGUGACGUCCAUUUUUUGGUUGGGAAGGGAAUGGGAGUGCAGCGCAUUCCAGCGCACAGAUUUGCUCUCGCUGUGGGAAGUGCCGUGUUUGAUGCCAUGUUCAACGGUGGCAUGGCAACAACGUCGACCGAAAUUGAACUGCCAGAUGUGGAACCGGCUGCAUUUCUAGCCCUUCUCAAAUUUUUAUACUCCGAUGAAGUGCAAAUUGGACCAGAGACCGUUAUGACCACGCUUUACACAGCCAAAAAGUACGCAGUACCUGCGCUCGAAGCCCACUGCGUCGAAUUCUUAAAGAAAAACCUACGUGCUGACAAUGCGUUCAUGUUGCUUACCCAGGCACGGCUUUUUGACGAGCCCCAGCUGGCUAGUCUCUGUUUAGAAAAUAUCGACAAGAACACCGCUGAUGCACUAGCCGCCGAGGGCUUUACGGAUAUCGACCUCGACACCCUUAUGGCAGUCUUGGAGAGAGACACGCUGGGUGUACGGGAAGUGCGUCUCUUCGGGGCUGCGGUUCGUUGGGCGGAUGCUGAGACCCAAAGGCAACAGUUACAGCCCACACCGGAGAACAAGCGCAGAGUUUUGGGAAAAUCGCUUUCCCUUAUUCGCUUCCCGCUCAUGACUAUUGAAGAGUUUGCAGCAGGUCCGGCUCAGUCUGGUAUACUCACAGACCGGGAGGUGGUCAGUCUGUUCCUGCAUUUUACCGUCAAUCCAAAACCACACGUGGAGUUUAUCGACCGGCCUCGCUGUUGCCUCCGGGGGAAAGAGUGCAGUAUCACACGUUUCAGUCAGGUGGAGAGCCGCUGGGGCUACAGCGGAACCAGUGACCGCAUUCGGUUUUCUGUGAACCGCAGAAUAUUUGUGGUGGGAUUUGGGCUCUAUGGGUCCAUACAUGGUCCAACUGACUAUCAGGUCAACAUCCAGAUAAUACAUACAGACAGCAACACAGUUCUGGGUCAGAACGAUACGGGCUUUAGCUGCGAUGGAACGGCCAGUACCUUCCGAGUCAUGUUCAAGGAGCCUGUGGAAAUUCUUCCUAGCGUCAACUACAUUGCCUGCGCCACCCUCAAGGGGCCAGACUCUCAUUAUGGGACCAAAGGGAUGCGUAAAGUCACCCACGAAGCUCCUGCUACUGGUACCAAGACCUGCUUUACAUUCUGCUACGCUGCAGGCAAUAACAAUGGCACUUCUGUAGAGGAUGGACAAAUCCCAGAGGUCAUCUUCUACACAUAAUGACCAAGCAGAGUCAUCUCACGAUUGAGGAUUCUUGCAUUGCAUUUCGUGGCCAAUUCACUGGUCUCCAUGUAGACUGGGGACCAAAUACUGAUCUCUCAUUUCUAAUGGCUUUUGUUUCUAAGAUUUGAAGCAUGAGAAUUCAGUCCUUUCAAAGUGUACUUAGGGUACAGAUUCUGUUUCUACCCAAGUAGCACCUCGUAGUACCACCUUGAUGUUAUGAGCAGUCAAUGUCAUUGCUAAUUAAUGAACAAAUAGGUGAACUUGUCAUUGCAAUGAUCUACUACAGGUACAGUUCAACUCUAGAGGGUAACUCUCUUCCAUUUAUACAUUUAUUUGAAUGUUGACAACUGGUGUUUCUUUUGGUCCCACCUUUGACCCUUGAUUGUUCAAUGCUCAUCGGUCCUUCAAAUUGCACAGAUGCACUUAAGCCCCCAGGUGCAACAGCAAGUUUGGGGAAAAUACACUACAUCUCAAUUAAGACGUCAAUUCAUUGUAAAAUGGACUGUUAUGUACCCGUUUCGAGUGGCCUGCACCCCUUGCUAGAAGAGAAACUCCAUUUCCUUGACGGCAGUGUGAACAGUAGAUGUUUAUAAGGUGUUGUUUUACCAUAGUUGCCCUUCUUGUAGUGAUAAACCACAAGAGCACUUGCAUUCACAAUGCCACGAUGUAUAAAAGUUCUAAAGUAUUGACUGCAGUGAAAUGCUGAACACACUUCCGUUACCGAUUCUGAAUAUUCAUUUCUUGAGAUAAUGAUAUAAGGAAGAUGAACAGGAAACAGCUUCAUGAAUGUACCAAUGCUUACCUUGUAAGCGCUGUAAAUAUAAUGUCCUUGUCUUGUUUCUGUAUGUUCAAUUAAAGUCUGCACCCCAA